GGAAGGGCAAGCUCUUUCAGAUGUUUCGGUGCACUGCAGUUUUUAGUUAAUCUGUGCUGGUACCGAUAAAUGACACAGAGCAGCCGUCAUGUCAGCUAUGGGAGCAUACAGCAGAGAAACAUUCGUUAUUUGGCCCUUAUCUUUUUCCUCCUGACCGCUUCUUCACCUGCUGCAGAUGGUCAGAUCAGACUAGCUGGGUCCGGGUCUACUCGGUGCUCUGGAAGAGUUGAAAUCUAUCACAACAACACCUGGGGAACAGUCUGUGAUGACAGCUGGGACUUAAAUGAUGCUGAGGUGGUGUGCAGGGAGCUGGGCUGUGGUGCAGCACUGAGUGCCCCUCAGUCGACCUGCUUUGGUGAAGGAACCGGUCAAAUCUGGCUUGAUGAUGUGGCCUGUUCAGGAAGUGAAAGGUCUCUGACUCAGUGUCGGCAUGGAGGAUUUGGGAAACACAACUGUGGACAUGGUGAGGAUGCUGGAGUGAUCUGUUCAGAGAGCCUCUCAAAGCCCAGCAUCUCCAUGAAUCCUGCUGGUGAGGUUACCUGGGGUCAGGACGUCAGCAUCACUUGUUCCAUCUCAACUCAGCAUUCAGGUGGAACAUUCCUCCUGCAGCAGACCUCAGGCUCCUUCAGAAAGACCAAAACAUCAAGUACCAACUCUGCUACCUUCAUUAUACCUAAAGUGAACUUUGAUAACGAAGGAUCGUACCAGUGUCAGUAUCAGACAAGUGUUUCCAGUCGAAACUUCAGCUCCCCUUUAAGUGACUCUGUCAGACUCUCUGUUACUGAGAGCCUCUCAAAGCCCAGCAUCUCCAUGGAUCCUGCUGGUGAGGUUACCUGGGGUCAGAAAGUCAGCGUCACUUGUUCGAUCUCAACUCAGCAUUUAGGUGGAACGUUCAUCCUGGUGAAACUCUCCAGCUCAUUCAGAACGACCCAAACAUCAAGUACCAACUCUGCUACCUUCGGCAUCUUGCAAGUUCAUUUUGCCAAUGAGGGAUCGUACCAGUGUCAAUAUCAGACAAGUGUUUCAAGACGAGACUUCAGCUCCCCUUUAAGUGACUCUGUCAAACUCUCUGUUACUGGUAAGACAAACAAUUAAUAAAGUUAAUACAACAAAUAAGUGAGAAUAGCAAUUGCAUUAAUAAAAGUACAGCCAUAUGGUGAGACCAUUAAAUCUAACUCGACCAGCCAGUGGAUCCUAUUUUUGCACCCGCUCUGACCUAACUUGUAACUUCACUUUUCACUACGAGGCUGAUCAGAAAUAAGAUGGGAAUCAGGUGAGUGAGUGGAAAGGUCAGGUGAAGGGAAUGAAAGGGUAUCUGCAGGGCAGCAGGGAGUGAAAGGGUCUGUAAUGUCAGGGAGAGUGAACCUGCUGAAGUCGUGACAGCCACUGUGUUUAUCUGUUACUGGUAAGACACAUAAAUUAAAAAGUAAAUACAACAAUUAACCUACAACCCCAAUUCCAAUGAAGUUGUGUAAAACGUAAAUAAAACCUGAAUACAAUGAUCUGCAAAUCCUUUUCAACCUAUAUUCAAUUUAACACACUACAAAGACAAGAUAUUUAAUGUUCAAACUGAUAAACUUUAUUGUUUUUAGCAAAUAUUCACUCACUUUGAAUUUGAUGCCUGGAACACAAUCCAAAAAAGCUGGGACAGGGGCAACAAAAGACUGGGAAAGUUGAGGAAUGCUCAAAACACACUUGUUCGGAACAUUCCACAGGUGAACAGGUUAACUGGAAACAGGUGAGGGUCAUGAUUGGUAUAAAAGGAGAAUCCCCGAAAGGCUCCGUGAUUCACAAGCAAGGAUGGGGUGAGGUUCACCACUUUGUGAACAACUGCGUCAGCAAAAAGCCCAACAGUUUAUGAACAUUUCUCAACGUACAAUUGCAAGGAAUUUAGGGACAUCAUCAUCUACGCUCCAUAAUAUCAUCACAAUCCAAAAUAAUUUUAUCAUUAAAGAAGCUCAUGAAGUCGUAACUACUGAGAGCUAUGGGAAUACUUG